AUGACAUCAAAAAUAGAGUACUUGAAGAAGUACCUUUCAAAUGACAGUGGAGGAGAAGAUGACAAGACCAAGAAGAAGAAAAAGAAAAUCAAGAAGCUUAAAAACGUUGUCAUUCAUGAUGAUGACCUGGACUGGAAAAAAUUUAACCCUCAAAGACAAGACGACGAUGAUGACGAAGACCCAGAUCCAUUAAUAUCAGGUCGUCAAGCUGAGACAGUGUACAGGGAUAAAGAAGGGAGAAAAAAAGAUCCUAAAACUGAAAAAGUGUUAACUGAAGAAGAAGAGAGAAAAAAGAAAGAGGAUGAUGCUGUAUUUGCUCAAUGGGGGAGGGGUUAUGUAGCACAAGUGCAGUCGGCUCAAGAGAACAUUGCUGAUGACCUUUAUGAGAUGUCAAAACCUUUAGGAUAUCGUGAUGAUGAAGACUUAGAGAGACUCUUGAAGGAGAGAGAAAGAAGAGGUGAUCCAAUGUUAGCAUUUAUGAAGAAAAAAAAAACACCAACUUAUCAAGGUUCUUGGCCACAAAAUAGAUGUGGUAUUCGUCCUGGUUAUAGAUGGGAUGGUAUUGAUCGAUCUAAUGGAUAUGAGAAUACUCAGUAUGCACUUAAAGCUGAGAAAAAGCUCAAGAAGAGUUUUGCCUAUAAAUGGAGUGUGGAAGAUAUGUAA